GAGAAUGCAAAAGAAGCAAUUAUUUAUUCAUACAAUAAACAAAUCAAUGGGUUUGCAGCUAUGCUUCAAGAGGAAGAAGCUGCACAAAUUGCAAAAAAUGAAAAGGUGGUAUCGGUGUUUUUGAUUAAAGAGCAUAAACUUCACACUACGCGUUCAUGGCAUUGCGUAAAAACAGCGCGUGACUUUGUAGGUCACGGGACUCAUACAUUAUCAAGACUUGCAACAUGUAAAGUGUGCUGGUCUUUAACUGAUGCUACUAGUUGUUUUGGUGCGGAUGUAUUAGCUGCCAUUGAUCAAGCAAUUAAUGACGGUGUUGAUUUGAUUUCUGUUUCUGCUGGUGAAAGUACUGGUACAAAUUCUGAAGAAGUUUUUACUGAUGUGGUUUCAAUAGGUGCAUUUCAUGCACUUGCUAGAAAUAUAUUGCUAGUUGCUUCUUCCGGAAAUGAUGGACCUACCACUGGAAGUGUUGUUAAUGUUGCCCCUUGGGUUUUCACUGCUGCUAGUUCUAAAACAGUUAGAGAAGGGAAAAUAAAAUCAGUUUCUGAGCCUCAUGUUUUGUCUACUGUCAGCUACGACAAACAUCCUGAGACCCAUUCAAAUGUCAUGGGCUGGCCGUUUGGUAAGUGUAGACAUGUAUGUGUGGCUAUGUAUUUGUAUGAACUUUGGUAG